AUGUUCUUCUCCAUCUCCGUAUUUCUAGGGUUUUUCCUUCUCUCUUUUCUCUUCUCAUUCUUUUGUCAUAGAAACAAGUCCAUUCAUUCUUCUUCAUCUUCUUCCUUCUUCCACGGCCCUCCUUCCUACCCAAUUAUUGGCUGUCUUAUCUCUUUCUACCAAAAUCGCCACCGUCUCUUGGACUGGUACACCUAUCUCCUUUCCAAAUCCUCCACGCAAACCAUCGUGAUCCGUCGCCUUGGCGCCCGCCGGACGAUCAUCACGGCGAACCCUUCUAACGUGGAGUUCAUCCUCAAGACGAAUUUCCACAAUUUCCCCAAAGGGAAACCCUUCACUGAGAUUCUUGGUGACCUACUUGGCUGUGGCAUAUUCAAUGUAGACGGCGAGCUUUGGUCGGAACAACGAAAAAUAGCCAGCCAUGGCUUCAGCACGAGGUCGCUCAAAGACUUCAUCGUCAAAACCCUCGAAGAAGAAGUCCAAAAGAGACUAAUCCCUUUGUUAGAAUCAGCUUCCAUUACAAACCAAGUUGUGGAUUUGCAGGAAAUACUAAGAAGAUUCACAUUUGAUAGUGUUUGUAAAGUCUCUUUGGGUAUUGAUCCUAGUUGCUUAGAUCUCUCUCAGCCUCUUCCUCCUCUGGUUCAAGCCUUCGAUAGUGCGUCGGCAAUAAGCGCCAUGCGAGCGACCGCACCAGUUUUUCUCAUAUGGAAGUUGAAACGAGCAUUGAAUAUUGGGUCUGAGAAAUCACUGAAAGAAGCCAUUAAACUCGUCCACGAGUCGGUUCUGGAAAUCAUAAGGAACAAGAAGAAGAACAUUGUCAACAGUGUACAAGACGAAGAUUUGUUGAGUCGAUUGUUGCUUGCAGGGUACGAUGAGGUUUUAGUGAGGGAUCUGGUGAUAAGCUUUAUAAUGGCAGGAAGAGACACAACGUCGGCGGCGAUGACGUGGCUUUUUUGGUUGAUUUCGAAGCAUCCAAACGUAGAAGAAAUGAUAGAGAAAGAAGUGAAGAAAGUUUUCGAAGAUGAGGAGGGAAAGAAAAUGAAGCCAUUUGAUUAUGAAGGCUUGAAGACGAUGAAUUUCCUUAAAGCAUGUUUAUGUGAAUCGAUGAGGCUGUAUCCGCCGGUGGCGUGGGACUCAAAGCAUGCGGCGGAGGACGACGUGUUGCCGGACGGGACGGCGGUGAAGAGGGGUGAUAGGGUGACGUAUUUUCCGUACGGAAUGGGGAGGAUGGAGGAGUUAUGGGGGAAGGAUUGCCGGGAGUUUAGACCGGACCGGUGGUUCGAUGAGGAGGUCGGCCUUGAUCAGACGGCAGGGCUGACGAUGAGACAUGUGAGCCCGUACAAGUUUCCGGUUUUUCAGGCGGGUCCGAGGGUGUGCCUAGGGAAGGAGAUGGCUUACAUACAAAUGAAGUAUGUGGUCGCUUCUAUGGUGAGCCGGUUCAGGAUAAAACCGGUUUGUGAGAACCAUCCGGUUUUUGUCCCUCUCUUAACAGCUCAUAUGGCUGGUGGGUUCAAAGUCAAGGUCUGCAAGAAGAAACCUGAAAUUGAUACAUAG